AUGGACUCUACAGAUCCACAGCACAAACGGCCAAAGAAGCUGAUCUUCGCCCCCGGCGACAUCGCAGCGACACCCGAGACCCAGACGAUUCCCUCCGAAGAGCCUCUCAUUCCAGCGUCUGCUCUCCCCGCGCGAGUCGUCGCAGAAGCCCUCCGGUCGGAUACCAUGACCCCCAAUACGGCACUGGACAAUAAGGUCGUAUCGCACCCCGCACGUGCCCACCAAUUCGUGCGCAACCCCCCGCUCACCAUCUCUCAACUGCACCCUACAAGCCCGCUGUACCAGUUUCAUGCGUGGUUUCGCGAUCCCCGGCUAGAGCUUUCGUCGGCACCGGAGACGUGCACGCUGGCAACUGCGUCCUUGCCGUCCGGGCGCGUGAGUGCCCGCGUCGUGUACCUUAAGGAGCUUGAUGAGAGAGGCUGGACGGUAUACAGCAAUUGGGGCAGUCGGGAGGGGAAAGGCGGACAAGUAUUUGGCUUGGGUGUCAGCGAGAACAGUGAGAGCAGCGUCCCUGAUUCUAUGCCUUCCGGAGUGGAUGAGCCUCUCGUCAAAGACCUGGAGCUAGAGCAGCAGGGAAACAAAUGGGCUGCUCUGACGUUCUGCUGGUCUGUGCUGGAGCGACAAGUCCGGAUCGAAGGGAUGGUCGAGCCGCUGAGCCGCGAGGAGAGCGAGUUAUACUGGCGGACGCGGGAGCGCGGAAGCCAGAUCGGCGCUUGGGCUAGCUGGCAAAGCAAGGUGCUCUGGUCCGCUGAGCCUGAUAACCUCGUGAGCAAACGACGCAAGAGCUUCGGACCCGGCGAGGACUCCAGCUCAAUAGUUUAUCCUGAGAUCCCGCACGACGUGAACGAAACGGAUAUUGACGAUGGGCGUGCGCUGCUUGAGAAGCGGGUGCAGGAGAUGGAGGCGCGGUUCGCUGAUACGAAGGAUAUCCCUCUCCCUCCGUUUUGGGGUGGAGUGCGUUUGAUUCCCGAGUCGGUGGAGUUCUGGCAGGGUCGUCGUAGUCGACUACAUGAUCGGUUUCGAUAUGUGCGGAUACACGGGGAGGAUGAGUCGUCGUAUAAAUGGCGGAUUGAGCGGCUUUCGCCUUAG